CCCGCCAUGAAGACCCCCGGCGGCGAGGUCCUCCGCGAGGGCGAGCUGGAGAAGCGCAGCGACAGCCUGUUCCAACUCUGGAAGAAGAAGCGCGGGGUGCUGACGCGGGACCGUCUGAGCCUCUUCCCCGCCGGGCCCGGCGCGCGCGCCAAGGAGCUGCGCUUCCACUCCAUCCUCAAGGUGGACUGCGUGGAGCGCACGGGCAAGUAUGUGUACUUCACCAUCGUCACCACCGACCGCAAGGAGAUCGACUUCCGCUGCGCCGGCGAGAGCUGCUGGAACGCGGCCAUCACGCUGGCCCUCAUCGACUUCCAGAACCGCCGCGCGCUGCAGGCCUUCCGAGCCCGAGACUGGAGGAGUCCGGCGGGGACUGCGGCUGCCCCCACCCUCAAGAUGCCGCCGGAGGAGGAGCCGCCUGCCCACCCACCCACCCGCCGCCAGGGUCGCCCCGCUGUGCGGGCGCGUUAA